AUGACAGAUCUGAAAGUUAUUGGCGCUGGACUGGGUCGUACUGGAACUAAAUCCCUGCAGCAAGCGCUUGUUCUCUUAGGAUUUGGACCUUGCCAUCAUAUGACAGAAAUAGUCCCAGAUAAUCAAGAGCAUUUCCUAAUGUGGAAAGAGAUAUUCAGCGGCAGUGAGGAGAAGAGUGAAAAACUGAAAGAAGCCUUCAGGGGUUAUGUGGCUACUACGGAUUACCCUGGCUGUUUAUUUUAUAAAGAGUUCCUUCAGUGGAAUCCUGAUGCUAAAGUGAUUCUUACUGUGCGAGAUAAUCCUGAGAAGUGGGUUGAAUCUGUUCGAGCGACAAUUUUCCCCGUCAAAUCUACUAAAGAAUCUGAUUCCAAUUCAGCACAGCAAGAAUUUUCCCAUUCCUUUAACGCUUGUGUGACGAAAGUUCAUGGUGUUGACCCAGAAGAACCAGAAACUGAUUUACGGAAGUUUUAUUUAGAUUGGAAUGAAGAAGUGAAAAGGAAUGUCAAGGAGGAAAAUUUGUUAGUUUUCAACGUUAAAGAGGGUUGGGAUCCUCUAUGUAAGUUUUUAGAUGUUUCACAGCCCGAGCAGCCAUUUCCAAAUGUGAAUUCCAGGGAGGCUUACCAGAAACAAAAUGCAAAGCAUUUAGUUAAAAAAACUGAACUUUAG